GUCGGUGUGUAUCGCCACAAUAGGUCGGCGUUUAGAAAUGGAAAUGUGAUCUUGGAUCGAUACACUUUGAUGGGUGCCUGCAGUGGGACAAGGUUGGACACGGAUCCUUGCUCAGUUACUCAUUCAAUCCAGCCCUGUCCAGCUCCUACCGAGCGCAGAGGUUCCUCCAGUUUAAUUUGCCUCUCUUACCCUCAGAGCGGCUUGAGCAACCCCGCCUCGUCUGAUCUCAGUGACCUGGUCUACAUUGACUUCGCCGACGCCGACUGCUACGUACUUCACGCUUCAAACCCCGACGCCAUUAUACGACAUGCCUUCACCACAUAUCAUUGAUGACCCCGAGAAAGGGACUAUGGAGCAAGUAGAGCAAUCAGCACCGGUCGCUCUACCUACUCCGAGAACGAAUGU